AUGGAGAAGCAUCAAUCUGAAGGGCAUCCAAGAAGUGGCAAUGAAGAGGAACUGGAGCAGCCUACCAAUGUAGAUGUAACCACCACGAAAUCACCCAAGAAAGGAAAAAGGAUUGCCAAACGAAAGAGUAUUGCUCAACCCAAGGGAAGGCAAACUGCUGAUCCCUCUGGGAAUCAGCAGGAUGCAGUGCUGAGGAACAGCAGACUGAUGAACCAUCUACCAGGAAGUCACCAAGGACAAGGUCUGGUGUCCAGGGAGCCUAGAACUGAGCCAACCACUGAGGCUAUCCCAGAAUACCGUGCCUCCAGUUCUCAACCACAGGACAAGGGAAAAGCUCCGGCAACUGAAGAAGAGACUGAAAAGGAUGAUGAGGAUGAGGAUGAGGACACUGAAGAAGAAGAUCCUGCCCAGUUUCGCCUGGCUAGAAGAAAGCCUGGAUCCUCUAAAAUCACCAUAUAG